CUCUCUGAAACUCGUCUAUAAAAAACUAAACCACCAUUAUUUUCUUAGCAAAGAAAGUGAGCUCUCUCUUCACAUUCUCACAUAUCCAUCUACUCUCUACGUUUCGCUCCCUUCUCUCUAAGUAACAGUCGUUUUGGGUCCAUCAACAAACCACAAGAAAAUAAAUUAAAAAAAAUUAGAACCAAAACCAAAGCCUGCCCAUCGUCGGUUGUGACACAGAGAAGCUACAUAAUAAUAAUAAUAAUAAUAAUAAUUUCGAUACAUAUAUAUAGGAAUCAUGGGGUUUCUUCAUAAGAUCUGGGACGAAACGCUUGCCGGGCCUGCACCGGAAACGGGGCUUGGCAAACUUCGGAAGUACCAUUCAUUUUCCGGGACAAGAUCUCAACUUUCACCGGCUGUUAAUGGAGCCGAUGAUGUUGUGGUUACUAGGAGUAUUAUGAUUCUUAAAAGUAACUCUAAUUUUAGAAGCUUAUCCUUGGAUCCUGGUUCUGCUUCGGAGUCUCCCGCUGUUCCUCCCACUCCUAGGACUCCUUUGUCACCCGGGACACUAGGCGGGGAUUUCAAGAAAUUUACGAGAAGAAGAACAUCAACAGAGGCAUUAGAACGCGAAGCUGAGCCUAGAAGUCCGACUAUUUACGAUUGGAUCGUCAUAAGUGCUUUGGAUCGUUGAGGAGAGUUAAAAAUGGCGAUUUUGCAACAAAAGGAUCGGCAGCAGCACACUCUUGUGCAUAGAGAACCGUACCUUUGUGGAAAUUACUAUAUAUAUUAGCAACUACAUGAAUAAGAUAGUUCAGGCGAGAGGAUCAGCCGUGGCAGAAGCCAGCCAUCUGAACCAAUCAACGGUGCUUCUUGGAGUUUCAGAGAGAGGGAAUUCAGAGUUAAUUUGAUUCCUAAUUAAUUGGGAGUUUAGUUUUCUUUCUUUCUCUCUCUCUCUCUCUCCCUUUUGUAUAAAAUGUUGUGAGGUCUGGUGAUUUGCAGUUUGGUUUUGGUUUUGGUUUUCUGUACGUAUAGAUUGUGUACUCUGAACCCUCUUUCUAUGAGACUAGACUGAAGUUUAGUUGCAUCUGAAAUUAAUUAUUUGUGUGAAA